AUGGCAUCAAAGACAACAAUUCUCGAGCACCCUUCCGUGGGGCAAGUCCAUGGAGUGCAGCCAAAGGGACAAGCCCAUGUGGAGCAGUAUCUCGGCAUCCAGUAUGCAACGCUAGAGAAUCGGUUCGCUAGAGGGAAGUUGGUCGAGACGUACACGGCCCCGAUCCAGGCAACAGAGACAGGUCCUCUGCCUGUUGCUGAUCCCAGGAACUGUGACAAUGAGCACCUAUUGCUGCAGCACAGCCUCCCUCAUCCCAAUUUCAAAUUCAGCGAGACUGAAUGUCUGACCCUCAACGUAUCGGCGCCAUCCCUUGACGCCCGGGGUACGAGAGCCGAGCCGUUGCCUGUCGUUGUCUUUGUACACGGUGGUGGGUUUGUUACAGGGAGUGCAAAUUGGCCGCAAUGGGACCUCGCUCGCCUAGUAGAGCGAAGUGUGAAAGUCGACAAGCCAGUCGUUGCCGUCGGAAUUAACUAUCGUCUAGGCCCUUUUGGCUUUUUGGCCUCAUCAGCCUUGAGAGACGCGGGUUUCAAGCCCAACAAUGGUCUCGAUGACCAGAGACUUGGGUUGCGCUGGGUUCAGAAGAACAUCUCGGGCUUUGGAGGAGAUCCGAGCAAGGUCACCUUUUUGGGAAGCAGUGCUGGUGCUGCGUCUGGCUUUUUUCACCUCCAGUCUUCUGAACCCGUUUUCAGCCAGUUGGCCGCAUAUGGUGGCAGCCCCCUCAUCCAGCCAAUUCCUCUAGAAGUCACAGAAAUCGCCUAUAGCAUUGCGGCAAAAGUUCUGGGAAUUGACAGUCUCUCCCCAGCUGACCAAGUCAAGUCACUCCUCAAGAUUCCCGCCGAGGAGAUCUCGGCCAAACUUGCUGGUCUGCCCGUUCCCUUAUCUGCAGCCCUCGAUGGGGACGUCGUGCGUUCUAAGACGACCUACACCGCGCUGGCCAACACUCCUUCACUUGAGAAGGCAUUCCCUGGCGUUGAAUGGUGCAAGACCAUCCUUCUGGGAGAUGGGCAAUUCGACGGCAUGAUCAUAGGUCUGACAGCUCUGGCUCAUCGGACUGACAACCUGUCUACGUCCCUCAAGAAUUGCCUCAACACGAUCUUCGCAGACGACCCGGCUAAAGUUAAGACUAUCUUGGAUGGUUACGGUAUCAACGAUUCCAACGCAGACAAAGUUCCCGUGUUCAACUUUUUGAACGACAUCGGCUUCGCCCAGCCCGCAAAAGCCACGGCGGAAGCAUGGGCUGGAACUGGUGCGAGGCUCGGGACAAAAUCUUUCCUUACCCAUUUCAACAUGCCCAACCCCUGGCCCGGCAUGUGGCAAGGCCAAGCUACUCACGCGCUGGACAUUGCAAUUCUGUUGGGUAACUACAAUGACUUCCUCAGUACGGGCCAGAAAGCGUGCUCCGAUCAGAUGUCUGGGGACUUGCUGGCUUUCGCCUAUGGCAAGGAGCCAUUCUCAUCCUACACUGCUGGCAAUGAUGGUGUGUCGAAAGUGUACAAGGCGAAUGUGGAUGCGAGCAAUGACGAAUCCAACGUAGCCAGGGAGUCUGACGAAGGCGAGACGGGCCGCAGGCGGAUUUUAGACGAUGUUGCGGCUGGAGACCCGACCGUGUUGGACAAGCUUUUGGAUGUUUUUGGCCUCUUCGUCCAAGGACCCAAAUAA